AUGCACAAAACUUUCUUUAUUCUGAGAUGAUCCCAAUACUAAAAUCCAUAUGGAACAUGAAGAAUGGGAUAGUUCUUUUCUUCACUCCUUUGAUUUUUCUUCCACUCCCAGUGGUCAUCAACACAAGGGAGGCCAGCUGUGCCUAUGUGAUCAUACUGAUGGCAGUUUACUGGUGUACUGAGGCUCUUCCUUUAGCUGUCACUUCACUGCUACCUGCUGUCCUCUUCCCCAUGCUUGGCAUCAUGCAGUCCAAAAUGGUGUGUAUGCAAUACCUGAAGGACACUAACAUGCUGUUUGUGGGUGGACUAAUGGUCGCUGUGGCAGUUGAGCACUGGAACCUGCACAAACGCAUUGCCCUUCGAGUGCUUCUCAUUGUUGGGGUGCGCCCAGCACUCCUGAUGCUGGGCUUCAUGGGGGUGACAGCUUUCCUCUCCAUGUGGAUCAGUAACACGGCUACUACGGCCAUGAUGGUCCCCAUAGUGCAGGCUGUGCUGGAACAGCUGAACAAACAGGAGACAGAGUCGUCACAGACGACCUGUGGUGAGGAACGGCCCCAGGCCCCUGAGGCGGAAUACAAACAGACAGCAAAAGACAGAGACUCAGAAGUGGUGCUACGCAUGCUGGAUGUCUCACCAGAGGCCAAACAAAAGGAAUCAGCCGAGAAGCGGUUCAUGGCUAAAGGAAUGACUCUGUGUGUGUGUUAUGCGGCAAGUGUUGGGGGAACUGCCACACUCACUGGCACUGGACCGAACCUAGUACUGAAGGGUCAGAUGAACCAAUUAUUUCCUGAUAAUGGUGAUGUCAUCAACUUUGCCUCAUGGUUUGGGUUUGCCUUCCCCAACAUGAUCAUCAUGCUGACGAUAGCUUGGCUGUAUCUUCAGUUCAUUUUCAUAGGAUUCAACAUUAGGAAGACAUGGGGAUGUGGAGCGGUAAAGUCAGAGAAGGACAUAGCCGCCUAUAACGUGAUCCGGGAGCAGCAUCUUCAGCUGGGACCGAUGUGUUUUGGCGAACUCAGCGUUCUGGCUCUCUUCAGUUUGCUCAUAGCACUGUGGUUUACUCGAGAUCCUGGAUUUGUAACAGGCUGGGCAACACACACCUUUAACAUUGAAGCAGAAUAUGUGACAGAUGCUACAGUUGCAGUCUUCAUUGCCCUGUUGCUCUUCAUUCUGCCAUCUAAACCACCCCGGCUUUGCUUCUGGUCAUCAACUGGCUCUGAAACUGAUCCUCAACCCUAUUGUGCGCCCAGUCCAGCCCUGCUCUCCUGGAAAGUAGCUCAAAAGAAGUUACCCUGGAACAUAGUUUUGCUCCUAGGUGGAGGAUUUGCAUUGGCCAAAGGUAGCGAGGAGUCAGGUCUGUCCAGAUGGAUGGGAAACCAGUUGACUCCUCUGCAUAGUAUCCCUCCCUGGGCCAUUGUCAUCAUCCUGUGCCUCUUGAUUGCCAUUUUCACCGAGUGUACCAGCAAUGUUGCCACAGCUACCUUAUUUCUUCCUGUCCUUGCUUCUAUGUCUCAAUCGGUUGGAAUCAACCCUCUUUACAUCAUGGUGCCAUGCACGCUCAGUGCCUCCUUUGCAUUCAUGUUACCUGUGGCAACUCCACCAAACGCUAUAGUCUUUUCCUACGGAUACCUCAAGGUUUCAGACAUGGCAAAAACUGGCAUGAUGAUGAAUAUCAUAGGGAUCUUCUGCAUCACCUUAUCCAUCAACACCUGGGGCAGGGCCAUGUUCAACCUAGACUCUUUCCCUGCAUGGGCCAACCAAACAGUAAUAUGACAGACACUAGGCCAAAUGGAUACCAGCAAGCUGCUUAAUUUCUUCGCAUCAUUCUCAUAAAUGUCGUGGAUCAAAGCUGCAGCAGAGAGAAAAUGGAAUCUGUCAUGCCUUGCAGGACUAUUUUGCACACUCAUAACCUCUUUCAGACCUACAGUAACUAAGCACCAGGAUAUACUACAGUAUGUUCAAAUGUUUGGGGCUCUUACAAUUUUUUAAUGUUUUUGAAAUCUCUUAUGCUCAUCAAAAAUGCAUUAAAAUCUGAUAAAAAAAUACAGUAAGAAUAAUAUUAUGAAAUAGUUUUCUAAUUAAUGUUAAUAAUAUUGUGAAAUAGUUUUUGCAACAAAAUGACCAUUUUAUAUUUUAAUAUAUAUUAAAAUGUAAUUUAUUACUGUAAUGGCAAAGCUGGAUUUUCUAGCAGCCAUUACUCCAGUCUUCAGUGUCACACAGUCCUUCAGAAAUCAUUCUAAUAUGCUGAUUUCUUAUUAUUAUCAUUGUUGAAAACAGCUGUGCUGCUUAAUAUGUCUGUUGAAACCAUGUUUGUUUGAUUCUUUGAUGAAUAGAAAAGGGUGAAUUUUACUUACCCCAAACUUUUGAACACUAGUGUACAUGGUCAUAACAUUUUGCAACCCAACUUUAUCAACCAAAUAUGCAUGUCAGAUGUUUCAAUCAUCGAAACAAUCAAAUGUUUCAAACAUUUCAUAUAUUCACAAACAUUGCUUUAGAUGGCAUGAUUAUCUGAUAACAGUAGACUAAACGAUGACCCAGAAGAAAAAAACAUAUUGUGGAUGUUCGUUCCAAUUAUAAUUAAUCAUUUGAAAUUCUCUGGGAUAAACCUGAAUGAGAUGUGAAAGCCUCACCAACAACUGCCUUAAAUCUCAGGGCAUUAAACUAGUAAGACACAUCACGGGCAAUUUCCUAGAUUCAAUUCUGCAAAUACCUCAUGGUUUUGACACAUGAAAUAGUCCUAGUUCAUAACAGGUAUGCUGAAACAUUUGAACAUGUAUAAAUUAUAAAUAUAUAAUUUAUAGUGUUAAACGCCACAAACUGCAUGAAUAAUGCAUUAUUACAUCACUGGAGAAGUGCAAUUUUAAAAUGUAAAUUUUUCCUUGUAUUAAUGCAACAACUGAUUUUCUUUUGUUUUAUGUGAGUGUGUUUUGUUUUGGGCCAUCAAACUAUUGUAUUCUCUCUAAACAGAGUUAAAAUAUGCAACUUUAAUACUAUGUGUACAUCUACGUUUUAUAGUUCCAGUCUGUACCUAUAGCAUCAAAAUGACUUUCUUUAGAAAUAUUUCUAAAAUGAAAAUAAUGCACAAUUGGAAAGUGUAUGACAUUAACGCACAGGCAGGGAUGGUCUCUCAGAGUUUAAUGCACAUUACCAGUGUGGUGUGCGAGUUCACUGAUACACUGUAUCACAUUUUAUUUGACUAAAUACUACAAUGCUUACUGAAACAUUAUUUUGCAAUUUUGGAGAAAUUAUACAAAUAAAAAAAAUAAUAAUGCUGUUUAUGAAAAAUAAAGCACUUACA